UAUCUAGAAACAGUAGAAUUCAAAAAGUAUGACUUCUUCAUUAUUGUUUCUGCCACACGAUUUACAAACCAUGAAAUAGAACUUGCCAAAGCAAUCAGAAUUAUGAAAAAGAAUUACUACUUCGUGAGAAGCAAGGUGGACUGUGAUCUUGACAAUGAAAAGAAAUCCAAACCACGUAACUUUAACAGGGAAACNAUCCUGAGUGAUAUCCGAAAGUACUGUCUGAAGACAUUUAAGGAUAGUAAAAUUGAUCAACCUCAGGUUUUCUUGAUAUCUAACCACGAUUUAUCUGACUAUGAUUUUCCAGUCCUGNUGGACACCCUGCUUAAGGACCUUCCUGCUGAAAAGCGCCACAACUUUCUGCUUUCCUUGCCUAAUAUAACUGAGGCAGCCAUUCAAAAAAAGUACAACUCUACUAAGCAGUAUAUCUGGUUGCAGGCCAUGAUGGAUAGACUUUUGGCGACUGUUCCUGUAGUGGGCAUUUUACAGGACUUGGAUAAGGAGAGUCUGAAGAGGAGUUUAGACUACUAUCGUGACCUCUUUGGAGUCGAUGAUGAAUCCCUAAACUUCAUGGCUAAGGAUAACAAAGUGUCUCUUGAACUGCUGAAAAAAAAACUUAAAUCUCCUAAUUUGUUGGAAUUUAAGGAGGAACCAUUAGGAGAAUUGCUUUUGAAAUGUGUGGAGAAAUUUACCUCAGCUAAUGAUGGGCUCCUGGCAAUAAGUCUUUACUUCAGGAAAACCUAUUACCUACAAUUUCAUUUCCUUGAUACAGUGGCUGAAGAUGCCAAAGUUCUCCUUAAAGAGGCAUAUUUUAAAAAAAAAUAG